AUGUUCCACGUCGAGUCUCGCCCUGUCGCACACCACGCGCACUCCUAUCCUACCUCCCAAUACGACGCGCACAUCCACUCUCAGUCAAUGCCCAGCCAGGUCGCUGCCCUCAACCUCCCGCGCCAGCUUCAGCGCCCGGCAUUCAGGGAGGUGCCCAAAGACAACAUCACAGCCGUGGACCCCAACCUGAUGGCGGUCCCGGUCGAAUAUAUUCGCCAGGGUGUUCAGCAGCGAGGAGAGGAAUUCUACUCUACUGCAUCACGCGCACUGAGCUCGUCACGAAAGCAGGCGCACAUCUCGCACAUCCCCCAGUCCGAGUAUGUCCGCGUGAUGGGUGCGACCAUCCCGACACACAUCGUCGCAGUGUACUCCUCUGGCGCACACACCGACAAGGUGAUGCUGUACGCGACCCACGCACUCCCGCUCGCCGUCGCAUGCGCGAUGCUGCCCCGCCUCCCGGCAUCUCACCCGCAGCCCCGCUCGGACGGGCACGCGCAGGUCCCCGUGGUGUCCCUCGCCGUCCCGCACGCCGACGCAUUCGAGCCCCUGCACAACUACAUUCUAUCCCACAACGCGCACAAUCUCCUGGCCUGCCUGCUGAACCCCGUCGCGCGCAGCCUCGGCCGCGGGAGCGCACUGCCUUCGGCACAUACACUCGCGGGUCUCCUCGCUCAGGCGACACUCAGCCAGGGCGACAGGAUGGCCGCACUCAUGGCGCUGACUCGCAACGCCAACAUGCUGUGGCGGAACGCAUGCUCCCUCGGCGUAUUCGACCGCGAGUUUUGGACCGUGCUCGAUCUCGCCUGGGACGCCAUCCUCGGCGCCAUGAACCUCGUCGCCACCGGUCGUGCGUAG